AUGGCGAAACUGGAACAUACAGCCUCUGAGGAACUCACGCUAUCAUCAAGAGGCUACAAAUUAUUCAAGGUUUUGGGUGAAGGUUCGUACGCGAAGGUGUAUUUAGCUGAAUAUAGAGGCAACACUGACGAUAAAAACAAACCAAGACAGUUAGCUUGUAAGAUCGUGGAUACGACGAAAGCACCCAGAGAUUUCGUCAAGAAAUUUUUACCGCGAGAGUUGGAAAUUCUGGUCAAGAUCAACCACCCUCAUCUCAUACACGUGCACAGUAUUUUUCAGAGAAAAGCGAAGUACUACAUUUUCAUGAGGUAUGCAGAAAACGGGGAUUUGUUGGAGUUUAUUUUGAAAAAAGGGUCGAUUUCGGAGGCGCAGUCGCGCGUUUGGAUGCGCCAGUUGUGUCUAGCUGUGCAAUAUUUGCACGAUAUGGAGAUAGCGCACAGAGAUUUGAAGUGCGAAAAUGCGCUAAUCACGAGUAAUUAUAACUUGAAGGUGUCUGAUUUCGGGUUCGCGAGGUACGUGACUGAUGGGUACGGGAAGCGGCUGAUGAGUGACACUUAUUGCGGGUCUUUGAGUUACGCCGCCCCCGAGAUUCUCAAAGGCUCGCCGUAUCACCCAAAAAUCGCCGAUAUUUGGUCGCUGGGGGUUAUUUUGUACAUCAUGCUGAAUAAAGCGAUGCCUUUUGACGACACUAAUAUUAAGAGACUGCACGAACAACAAACCAACAAGCAGUGGAAGUUCCGGUCGAAAGUCGUGGAUAAUCUGAGUUCUGAGGUGAAGAAGUUGAUGGGUCACCUUCUGGAACCUGACACGUCUAAACGGUGGAAAGUUGAGCAGGUUUUGGGGUCCGAGUGGUUCGGUAUGGAUCCGAGACUGGCUCAGCUGAACCCUGCUGAGCAAGCUGCUAUGAUUCAUGCGCAGGAGGAACGGAAGAAAUAUAUGGACACAGUGAGGAAGAAAUCCAUUUCUAAACCCGUGCGGGAUGACAUAUCUAAGGACGUUUCUGUGUUGAAGAAGGAGGUGGAGCAGCAGGAACGAGAGAAACUGGCGAAUUUAAGUUUGCCUAGUAUGAUCAUUGAUGAGUAACUACGUCGUUGUUUAUUCUUGAGGGAAAAGUAAAAAAGUAACACCACUAAACGCGCUUAAUAAUUUAUUUGUGAUAAUAAAAAUAUCCAAUUACACGUUCAUGAGAAUAAAAAUACAAUAAACAAAUAGAAAUGAUAUUUUCUCAACAAAAAUCCGUGUGAUGCUGGGUUGGUGACAACGUCGAAUACAAAAUGGAGUCAACAACUUUAACCCUACUAAUACGAAUUGUUUGGUCACUUGUUAAAUAUGUCUAAAAUCUAUACCUACUCAAUUGGUAACAACAAUCUUUAAAUACUGUUAAUAAGUUAUAAAAAAAAUAUAAAUUCACGACUAUAAUUAUACAAAAAUCAUCGGCAGCCUUUUUGGCACAUCAGAACUUUACACUUACAAAAACAAACAAAAUUUUGCCGACGAUGAUACAUUUCCAAUUGACAAAAUAAAAAAACAACAAAACAAAGUAGGAAUUUCAUGCACUUUCCUAAGGCAAAUUGUUGGGGGGGGAAGACAUAUUUGAUAAAUACUUUUUCCUCCAAUUUCUGUAAUACUAAAACUUAUUAAACAUGUCUUUGUGGUACUGGAGAGUUUGCAAUUGAUG